AUGGAGCCAGCUCCCAGCACGGCCGACCUCAUCCGCGCCUCCACCGAGGCCCGUGUGAGGUGUUUCAGCUGGCCACCCCAUGAGCAGGUGGCCCUGUUCCUGCAGGCCACCCCGCAGCGUGACAUCAGCCGCCGCAUCGCUGCCUUUCGCUAUGAGCUGCGGGGGGAUUGGCUCGCCCGGCCCGCGCUGCCUGCCGAAGGGGUGUGCCGGCCGUGCAAUGACACCGAGCUCCUGAUGGCCAUUUGCACUAGUGACUUUGUGGUCCGCGGUACCAUCCACAGCGUCUCCAACGACGCAGAGCUGCAGGAAUCCGUCAUCGGGGUGAGCGCCGUCCGCAUCCACCGCCAGAAGUUCCCCCUCUUCCAAACAGGGGGGCGGCCGGGGCGGGCGGCAGGCAGCAUCCGCACCCCUCUGCGCUGCGGUGUGCGGCCGGGCCCCGGCACCUUCCUUUUCACGGGGUGGCUGCACUUUGGUGAGGCAUGGCUCAGCUGCGCUCCCCGCUACAAGGACUUCCAGCGCAUCUACGAGGGCGCCCGGCGCAGGAGGCAAAACCCCUGCGAGUUCCCUGUGGACUGAGCAGCUUGGGGUGGGCAGCCCCCAACUUGGGAGCUGGGAGCAUCCCUGCUCGAGAGACACUGGAAAAUGUGUUUAUCUCAGCCACUUCCCGCUGCCCUGGGAUGCUGGGGGCAUCGCCACGCGGAAGGGGCUGCAUGCUGUCUGCAGGGACAGGCACGUAGGGACGUGGGAGCACGGUGGGUGGGGACAGCCCUGUGAAAAUCCUGCAGGAUAGGAUGGGAUUUUCCCAGUGUGUGACCCUGGGGGGCUGCAGAAGUGGGCUCCGGGCUGGGGGUCCUGGGGGCUGAGGGGUCAUUGCAGGUGUGGGGACAAUGCAGGGCAUGAGGAGAGCGGUGGCACAGCGCAGUGGUGACAGCAGGGAGAGGAGGUGGAUCGGCAGUGUUGAGGGUGGAAGGGGGACUGCAGAGAUGGAGAGCCGUGCCCUGGUCCUAAGGGUGACAGGGGACACGGGUGGAGGUGGGAGCAGGAGGAGCGAGGCUGAAGGAGCGAGGCUGAGGAGGGAGCAGAGGUGGCACGGAGGGUCCCCAAAAGAACCAAAGUGCUGAGUGCAGAAGGGGGACAGGAGCAGGGAGAGGUGGGGCUGUGCCACCGCCCACAUGGGGACACCACGGGGCCGUGGCUUCACAGUGGCUUCCCGGUGCCACCACACCAGGGCAGGGGGGGAUUUUGAACCGUUGAGGGUGGGGGGGGCAUCGUAUGUGCACUAAAGUUAUAACGAUACCAAAUUCGUGAUUUUUU